CGAGGCUUUGUAUAUUAAUUUUUGUGCCCAAUAUUCGCUUUUUAGCGAUGGCGUUGAAAAGUUCCACUGAACAAUAGCAAUAAACCGUGUAUAAAGUUUUACAUUGAAUGUAACUUUGGCUAAAAUGUAUGUUAUUUGAGAGACAAUGAGCGAUAGUGCCGCUGAAUGCUCUGAAACACUAGAUCCUCGAGUACAGAUUGAGUUAGAGAGGCUUAAUACAGCAACAGAUGAAAUAAAUAGACUCGAAGUUGAGUUAGACGAGGCACGUCUUGCCUUCCGUCGACUUCUCGCAGAAGGCCAUCUGCGAAUACAGCAACUAACAAAGAAACUUGGCACAAGUGUACACAAAGCACGUCCUUACUAUGAAGGUAGAUUUCGAGCUAAUAUUACCUCGCAAGAGCUGCAAACAGCCAACCUUGCGUAUGACAAAGCGAACAGCGCCCAUGCCGCGGCUCGUGAAAUGGUCUACUUGGCAGAGCAAGGCUUGGCGAGACUCGCGGAAGGUUCAGGUGGUCUCACACUCGAUCCCGCGUGGCAGGAGAUGCUCAAUCACGCAACACAUCGUGUUAACCAGGCAGAGUCAGACCGUGCGUGUGCCACGGUGACGCAGCGGUCUAAAGCCGCGACACACAGGGCGGCCGCUACGCUAGUCCAGCAGCUACAGAAUGGCUUAAAACGACACAUAGCCAAGUCACGACCGUACUUUGAAGAGAAAGCUCGUAUAAACGCCGCACUGGAAGCUCAGAAGGCAAGGAUCCAGACUUUGGAGGAGCAAGUCGCGGAAGCUAAGCAAAAGUAUUCAACAGCUCUCAGAAACUUGGAGAGAAUAUCUGAUGAAAUACAUCGACAUAGAUCUAGAAGACAGUCGGCAAAGAAUGACAUCGAUCGCUCAACAAUAACGGACACUGCGAGCGAGUCCAACGCGAGCGAGACGCUGGAGGAGCUGUGUGCGCACAACAACGACGAGCACGUGCGCGAGUGGCUGCGCAGGGUGGACCGCAGCGACCCCGACACCUGGACCGAGAUCGACCUCGACUACUCCAGCCCCGAGGAGAUAAGUUUCGAAAAGUGCUCGCUCCGGCCGCGCUCGUCGCCCGACAAGUCCCCCCCCAGCCCGCCGUCGUGCCGCGCGUCGGCCGCGUCCCCGCGCCGCAUCAUCCCGCGCGCCCGCGACGCGCGCGACGCCCGCGACGCCGCGCUGCGCGCGCACCUGCGCCACGGCCGCCGGCCCAGCCUCGACGCGCUGCUGCACGACACCGGCGAGAAGGUCAAGGAGAUGUUCCAGGGGCUGUCGCUGUUCGGCGAGCGGCGUGGCUCAGGCUCGGCGCCGCGCAGCCCGCGCGCGCGCCGCUCGCCCGCGCCCGACGCCGCGUCCUCCGCCUCCGACGAGCGCUACUCCGACUCCGACAGCCUGGCCAGCGUGGAGAUGCUGACGGACGACCAGAUCGCGUCGCUGAUGCUGGACGCGCAGCUGGAGGCGGUGUGCGAGCGGCUGGCCGGCGUGUCGCGCUCGCCGCACUCGCCCGAGGCGCGCUUUUGAACCCCCCCGCAUCACGAACCACGUAUUGUAACCAUGUGUCCGCUGAGAAAAGAUAGAACUCCAACGCCCAUACGCCGACCGGGAUAGAUCGGGAUUUUAACCGUAUUUAGUCAACAGUAAGGUUCAAUUUGCAAUCUUAUAAAAUUCACGUUUAGAUGUAUUUGUACGUUCACAUAAUUUAUUCGGGACUAUGAACCUCAUAGUUGUGGCAUAGUGUUCGAUGUAUGAUGAUUUGAAAUGUGGUCGAGUGUGUAUAGUCGUCUGAGUCAAAGUAUUUGAAAUUAUGAUACUACACGUUGUUGAAAUUGAUCCAAGUUAGGAUUUGUAGAAGUUUUUUAAACGACUUUAUACCUAAUUGUUUAAGUGCUAAGACAGCAAUCGCCUUGCGUAAUUCGAUCAAAAACGCGCUUGUUUUCAAAUCGUUCAACACUAUUUCUCAAGUUUAAAAUAAACGACGCAAUAAUUACGUUCCAAUUUACGCAAGUACUGUAUGGAUAUUUUAUUAUCGUUCAAAUGAAUUCGUCUCUACAAUGUUUGUAACGAAACCAUCAUCGUUGAUAGAAAUUAAAGUAUUUGCAAAGCAUAUCAAGUAUUCCCAAAUAAAAAUAAAUGACAUCAUCAACAUUUUACAAAAAUAGUAUUAUGAACAUAUUUUGUUUGUGCCUAAAACAUUACUUAAGUAUCGAAUUGUCCCAUUCUCCCAUUUUACCAUAGGAGGGGGGAAGAGUGAACGCUCAGGUAAACAUCAUGAUGUUAAUCACUCACCUAGAGAGAGCUCAUUACUACGAUUUCCUGAUACCAACAUUAAUGGUAUAAACAGACAAUAUAUAUCGUUCAUAGAAAGGAUGCAACGCAAAAAUUGUACUCUUGGAAAAUGAGGUUUAUGACCUUAACUUUAAAGUUAAUUUCCCAAAACGUACAAUAUUGGCGUUUAAGAUUUUCUUCUUUUGAAAUGUUUUUAAUAUAUGAAGAAUUAUACAUAUGUUAAUUUAAUAUCAAUAAACGUGAUGACUUUUGGUUUCCUCUCAAAUAUACUUAAAGUUUUAAACAAUUAAAAAUAAUAAAAUAGUAUUUCCAUCGUUAUAUGAAAUAAAUUAAUAUAAAAAUAAAGUUUGGAACGAUAUUUCUUCCGGUACAUAAUUGUUAUCUAAAAAAAUAUUAAAUAAUGAAAUUGCAAGUAGAACUUAUGAAAAUUAAUAUUACGGAAUAUUAUAGAAGCCAUACGGUAGAUCCGGCCCUGACAAAAUGUAUAUCAAAAGUGUCGUCAUUUAAGAAGUUUUUUCGCUUUAGCAUUCAUUGGAAAUUUUCCAAUAAAUAAAUGGAUGUGGAGGUUACAUAAACUCCAAAGCAAAAACACAUACUUUUGAAGAGGCUUGCAUUAAAGCAAUGUAAAUAAUAAUACGCACUGCUGAUUGGUUGAUGCCCAUGUGGCAGAUGUUGAUAAACACAAAUUAUUGAAAUGAAAAUUCGACAACAUGCUCGCAAUCUUCGGUGAAGGUUCACGUGUAACCACAUAGAUUAUGAAUUGAAGUCUCGAAGUAGAGUGUCAGUCAUGCAAAGCCACUUCGGAUCGCAAGCGUAGAUCUAUUCACUCACGAAGGCACGCACUCCACGUCAAAUUAUCGACGUUGAUUGGUAUUUGUGAGUAACGCUCACGCUUUCAAUGUCUCAGUGUGCGUUAGGCACUAAAGAGUAGAGACAGCAAAAAAAUACGACUAUAUUUGUUGAGUUUAUUUUAUUAAAAAAAUAUAUUUUUAAUGAAGGGGGGGUUCGCUCCCUGUUUGUGAUUGUAAGUGAAUAGUUCUAUAUCCUAUUAACCGAAUCGGCUACCGUUUUGAUUUUGUUUGCAUAAUUGAGAUGAAAAUUCAUCUAGAAUACUUAAACCACCCGUAUGCUUGUAUUAAAGAAAAUUAUUCGAUAUGUAUUUAAUUAAUCGAGAACAUAAUCACGCAUUUUAUAGGAUAAGUACGAUACGAUGGAAUUGAACGCUUAUAUCAAUGGAAUAAGGUGCACUUUAGCAUCACUACUAGCUUUAGUAAUCGCAAUAAAUUUCGAUAGUAAUGCUCACAAGCGUCGCCUAUACUUGCCUAGUUUAUUUACGCUAGAUUUAAAUAUAGAUGUAACUAAGGAAAAAUAUAUUAGAAAACUAAAUGAGUACACAUUAAAUAGAACUACUGACAAUUGAGUUCCUGUAACCGCUCUCCGUCUCCAAUAUCAAAUCAGCUCAUUAAUUAUUAAAUUAUUUAUAAUAAUUUUAUUUAAA